AUGACGACUGUAUUUAUUCCGCAGACAGGCUCGCCUCUGCUCAGCCUUCCAGGGGAGGUUCGGAACAAGAUCAUUCGAAAUGUCUUCAAAUAUGAGGAUCCAGUUCUACUAGUGCCUUAUAUAGGUUUAAUAAUGUAUCUGUCGUCGCCAGCGAUGGUUUGUGCGACGCAGGACAUCCAGAUAUUUACUACCUGCCGCCAGCUCCAUGGCGAAUGCAAGAGUAUCUUUCUCACGAACAACGCAUUUUUACUCUCUACGCAGCCCAACACUUUCAGGGACGCUUCAACCAUGGGGCUUUUGAGCCGAUGGAUGUUUGAUCUCGGUCCGUUUCGCGAUUACAUACGCAAAGUGAUCAUCGAUCUGAGCCCACUUUGUCCUGGACCGUGUCAUCUUUUCAGGCAAUAG